UAUUUCAACGAAAAUAUUCUUUUAACCACGUUCCUAUCAACUUUUAGAAUCUAUUCUAUUUUCUAGAUGGUCUAGAUUUAGAUCUUAUCAUAAAUUGAACUCAGUUUAGUUACAAUUUUUAUGAUAAACUUAUAAUUUUUGUAAUGGAGUACUUAAAUGAUGGAGGAUUUCGUGAAACUCAUUAUUCACUUAUAGCAUGUUGCCGAUGUGGUCUUCAAAUAGAACCAAAUCCUACAAAUAUGUGCGUGGAUUGCCUUCGUUCAGAUGUAGACAUCACAGAAGACAUUCCCAAGACAUCAGCCUUGUCUUUUUGUCGUAGUUGUGAAAGAUAUCUUCAGCCACCAAACCAGUGGAUCAAAGCUGAGCUUGAGUCAAGGGAGCUUCUGGCUGUUUGUUUAAAAAAACUUAAAGGUCUCUCAAAGGUAAAACUUGUGGAUGCAGGAUUUGUUUGGACAGAGCCCCAUUCAAUGAGAGUCAAAGUGAAGCUGACUGUACAGAAAGAGGUCAUGAACGGUGCGUUGCUUCAACAAGUAUUCAUUGUGGAGUAUGUGGUUCAAUCUCACAUGUGUGAUGACUGCCACAGAGUUGAGGCCAAAGAUUUUUGGAGAGCAGUAGUUCAAGUCAGACAGAAGAUUGAUCACAAGAAGACAUUUUUCUACUUGGAGCAAUUGAUUUUAAAGCAUAAGGCUCACAGAAAUACAGUGAACAUCAAGCCAAUGGCUGAUGGAUUGGAUUUUUUCUUCACAAAGCAAGAUGAUGCUAAGAAACUAGUCGACUUUUUGUCAGCAUUUGUGCCCAGCAGGCACAUCACUGGCAAAGAGUUGGUAUCUCAUGACAUCAGGAACAACAAGUUCACUUAUAAGUAUACAUUCUCCGUGGAGAUUGUUCCCAUCUGUAAGGACAACAUCAUUUGCCUGCCUCAGAAGACUGCACAGCAGAUGGGCAGCAUUAAUCCUUUGUGUAUUGUCCUUAGAGUGACUCAGAACAUCCAUGUGAUAGACCCCAAUACAUUGCAAGUGGCAGAGCUGAGCUCGGCUAAUUACUGGAGAGAUCCGUUCACAGCUUUGGUGUCCGUCAAACAGCUGACAGAAUUUAUGGUGAUGGAAAUAGAUUUAGUGCCAGAUAAGGAAAGACCUUUUAGGCCCAGGGUGUCCAAUAAGCAUGCUUUAGCUGAUGUGUAUGUGGCUAGAACGAGUGACCUUGGUGUCAAUGAGAUACAGUUUCACUGUCGUACUCACUUGGGGCACAUUCUCAAAGUGGGCGACACAGUGCUGGGAUUUGAUUUCACGAAUGCCAAUUUGAACCAUCAACACUUCGAAAAGAUGAAAAGUGACAAAGUGCCUGAUGUGAUGUUGAUCAAGAAAGUCUUUGACAAUGCCAGGAGAAUGCGUCGCAGAAAAUGGAAGCUGCACAGGUUUGAGGGAGCCGACGAGCUGGAUACUGAGAGCGUGACCAGAGACUACAAUGAUUUCUUGAAUGACUUGGAGGAAGACCAGGGACUCAGAGAGAACAUCAAUAUCUAUAAAGAUGCUUCCAAGAUAACAGUGGAGUUAGAAGACACAGAUGAUGAAGGGAUACCACAAAUAAGCCUGCAGGAAAUGCUAGAAGACUUACAUAUUACAGAGGAUGCUACUGGUGGUGAGGGUGCAGCAAUGAUGGAGUAGAUGUGUUCUUAGGAGAAAAAAAUUAUUACACUGAAUCUAUAAAUGACUGUUAAAGUUGUGUUUUUUUUUUGUUAUGACAAUGUCAGAGUGUUUGUAUCACUUGUUGCUCAUGUGUGAGAUCAAUAAGAACACACUUCUAUAUUCUUUUGAGAUGUUUUGCAAAAAAAUUUUCAACUUCCUAUUCGUAAAGCUGGGGCUGGCAUAGUCCACACAAUACUGAAAAAAAUUGGUCUAAAAUUUGAUAUCAAUAUGAUGAAGACUACAGUUGGGUCUGCAUAACAAUGUUAAUUAUAUUGCAUUCUUCUUUGAUCUUUAGACUCAAAAGACAACAUAUUAUUAUUUAUGAUGAUAAACUUUAUUGAUUAGGGUUGAAUGUUAUAACUUUGUUGCAGACGAAAAAUAAAAUAUUUCUUUUGGAAUCAUCAUCAUGUCUUUUUUUGUUUUUGUCUAAUAGAAAAAAAUUGAAUAAAGCUGAAAUAUUUCCAUGAAAAACUUCAGAUACUAGAUCAACAUUUUUAAAUUUGUAUAUGUUUUCCUUUGCUAUGCAUGAUAUCAAUUAAGCUAGUAAGCCAAUGGGUGUCGAGAAUGACACACUACUUUUGAAAAAAUUGGUUUGAAUUGCAUCCUAGAGCCUUGCUUGUCAUCGUCUUUGAGUUUGCAAUCAGAAAUUAUUUGUAAAUCAAAUAUAUUGACUAUUUGAAUAGCAGACUCCUGCAUCUUUAUUGGAUUGAAGGCGCCCUUUUGUUACACCUGUUGUCCUCAACUGUUUGUCAAGGAUUGGUUGGUCCAUUACUUGAUUUUAUCACCUCACCUUUUAGUUCAGUCAAGGCAGUAGUUGUCAUACAAAGUCUUACUAGUUGUUCUUGUCUGCUCCAAGCCAGGGAAGACUUCAUACAGUUUGUAUCAUGUUUACGAAAGGUUUGCCAUUUAUAAUUUUUUGAACAAGAAAUUAAGACAUUGAAAGUAUUCAUUAUAAGGCUUUAGAGUAGAGACAAUCAAAUUGGCUGAGUUUCAACUAGCCUAGAUGAUCUAAGCAGUAGAGUAUCAAAACUUUCACUUCAUUAUCCUUGCUUGUGAAUGUUAGUUUUUAAAACCCUGACCAUUUACACUCACUGUAAAAGAAAAAUUAAUUUCACUUAGACUGAGCUUGUCAGCUGAGAGCUUUGCUAUCUCCAGUUCUAGAGAUGAACACUGUCCCUUAAGCAAAAAAGAUUUUGAGAUAUUUGUAUCAUUUUCUACAACAAAGUGUCUAGACAAAUAAAGACUAGAUCUAGUAAUAAUAUGCAAAUGUUUAUUAAGUUUUUUUGCAACAAAAUUAUAACUAACAAAAGUAGAAACCACAUCAUUAUUAUUAUGACAUCAAACACAUUUGUCUGAGCUUUGAAAUAAAGCUGAAUAAAUGAAAGAGUGUUCGUAUGGAUAGCAAUAAGUUAUUACAAAUUUGAAAAAUGAAAUCUGGAAAAAAAUACUUGGAACAAGAAAAGUAUAUUUCUGCAAGUCAUGUGCUUCAGAUGAUAAUAAAUGAUGUCUAUGAUCAAAUCUAUGCCAAGAACUUUCUGGCUAGAGUUAUUAUUAGGACUUCCUAAAAAUUAUCCUUGAUGUUUUGGGAUGCUCCUUUAGCUUUGAAAGAUAAUUACAUUCUAGACCAAACCUCCCAAAUGAGACAAUCUAUCAACAGUCCAGAGUGCAUACAACACCAGGCUUUCGAAGGUGGUCCAUUGAUUUAUAUUAAAUUUAGUAUGAAGAUUAAAAAAAUGGUGGACAAGAUGGACAAAGAUUGUCAGUUUUCUAAUUAACAUCAAAUGCUUCCUAAGGAUGCCUAAUGACUUAAAUUCACAUGUGGCCUUCUGGAGUGGUGACAUCACUAACUGAAAUCCACAUGUGGCCUACUUGAUUGGUGAUAUCCCUAACUAACUCCACAUGUGGCCUAAUUGAGUGGUGAUCCAUCUGCCUUCAUUAAGAAACAAAGGUAAAAAUGUUUAGGCAGUGAAUCCAGCUCAAAUGAAUCACAAACGAGCAGGUCAAUAAACAAAUCUAGUUGGUUUCAGACCUGACUUACCCUUGGCCCUGAUUUGACCAACCCAUUGACCUAAAAUGAAAUCAAAUUUUGGCUCAGUCACAUUCAUUUUUAGUUCACCUUAGAAUACAGGAUGAGUGCAGUAUUUCAUGAGACAAUGCAAACCCAGUUGUGACCUGCAUAUUUUUAAAAUUUGCCACACCUGAUGCAGACAAAGUCUGGUGCCCACACUAACCCUUAAUCUUCAGAAUUGAAAAUGCCUUAGAUAAUAUAGAUAUUGUAGUUAUAUUUAGUCAAAAAUCUUUGAAAAAAAAAUCAUAUAUUGGUGCUGCAAGUCGCAGGUCACUAGUCAUCUUAAUAAUGAUUUAAACGUGGUGUUAUAAAUUUAGAAGAGCCACAAGAUCUCAUCCUCUAGAUGUAUUAUGUAUACAUUUGUGCAUCAAGCAUGUUUCUAUGGCAAGAAAAGUAAACACUAAAAUCAACCGAGCUGAUAGUGCUCAACGGGAAAAAAAUCACAAUAAAUGGUCGAACCUAUGGAACAUACAUCUCAAAAUAAAAAUACUUUUAAAUAAAAAUGAGAAUUAUCAAAAAGAAAGGAAAAGAAUUACAUGAAACAAAGUGACACUGAACACAGCUUUGAAAAAAACAAAACAUUUCAAAUAACACAACCUGUAAAGAGCUUCAUUAAAAGAUUCGAGUUUGGCAAAGAGUUAAAUAGAAUGUAAACAAAUAGUGAGUAGGAUCAAACUUCUCAUAUAUACAUUUUCUAAAAGGGAAACCAAAAAAAUCUGGGUAAUGAAAUGUAAACAAUGUUAAUAAUGUUUGUUAGGAAGAAAAAAAAAAACAA